GGGCCAUCAGGUGAUACGCUAGCGGGUGACUUGAUACAUAUUUGAUAUAUCUUGAUAUACCCUCGAGUAUGGUAUCAGUGUCGAAACGGGUCACAAGCAGUGCAGCCUUGUUUGCGACACGACAAUAUAUAUUCUCUUCGCCGUUUACCGGACUUUCCAAGAUGGCGGCCCCAACCCCUCGCUUCACACUCUACAUGUCGGGCACAUCCUACUUCGCCCAGAAGGUUAUGAUGGCGUUCUUCGAGAAAAACGAACCAUUUGUAGAAAAGUUGGUGAACCAACGUGCAGAUGACAACUACGAGAGCUGGUACAUGAAGCUAAACCCGCUAGGGAAGGUUCCAAUUUUAGAAGACCGGGGGAAGAUCAUUCCCGAAUCUGACGACAUCAUCGACUACCUUGACAAGGAAUUGCCCAAAGCACCACGCCUUGUGCCUGAUCCGUCGACAGACCUAGGCCGGGAGGUGGCGCACUUCAGGAAGCUGCUGAACUUCAGCGUGGGCAUCAUACUCUACGGCCUCGCCUACAACCCCCACCUCUCUCCCGACUACACCGCGGCAAAGACACGGGAAGAGCUAGAUGAAAUGAUUGCUGGCCAAAUUGCAAAGCUGGAGAAACUUGCCACUGAAAACCCCGAUCUGAGAGACGCCUACCUCGCCAAGAUUCCGCCAUUGCAGCAGAGGAAGGAAAUGUGUAUGCUAGGUUCACUGUCGUGUGAUCCGUUCCGAACGCCACGAGUGGCCAUUCGAGUUGAGGAGGAUGACAACGUGACAUUUGCAGUAUUACUGUAUGCUUAUAUUAUCGCCAGAGAGAAAGAAGACGAGCAGCAGCUACAACUCCAACCACAAAGGGCCAGGGGAGCUGCAGUCAGGCACUUCUUGGUGCGACCAUGCAUAUGGCUCUCAGAGGAGAUGAGACAACCGUUUGGUGAGUUCUACAGCCUCCUAGACACCCAUUUGAGGCUGGAGGAUCCAGUAGCGUUCCAAAACUACACAAGGUUAACACCAGAGCGCUUCGAUGAAGUCUUACAGAGGGUGACCCCGAUGCCCUUCUUCAUCCUCAAGGGGAGGAGCCUUCGCAAUCAAAAACUACCUUAUGGAGCCAUACAGCAGAAGAAGGAUGUCAGGAAGGAGAGGAUUUUCAACUACGGACUGUUAAGAGCAGAAGCCCAAAACUGUGAUCCUGGAAUAGAUUCAGAUGUGGAGGCGGCAUUUUCUUACUUAAUGUCAGGUACCCCCGGUGAGACGUGGUUGCUGUCUAGCGACUUGACGGCGGCGGAUAUUUCCCUGGCUGUGCUUCUCCGACGUGUGUCACUGAGUGGCCUGGCCUCCCUCUACUUCUCCCCCACCCAGAGGCCGGCACUACACAAGUACUGGCUGCGGCUGCAGACUCUCCCCGCCUACUGCAAGCUGGGCGACAUCGCCGUCAAGUACGGCGUCAAGGCAUAGUCACGUGUACAACCAACAUGAUGGCACAACCAACAUCAUGGCACAAACAACAUCAUGGCACAAACAUGCCAUGUGCUAAGGCUGUCGAAAUGUCUCUUAAGACAUUGAAUAAACCACAGGUGUUUUAAAAAUAAAAAUCUGGAAUUUUGCAA